AUGUUAAAUUUUGCAGCAGGUGUUGAACCACUACCAUCCCGCAUUAUUUUGUGGAGUGAUACAUAUCUAGAACACGAAAAAGCCAACCAUCAUGAUAUUAUUAAAAAUCAUCCUUUCAAUUACAGAAUGGAAAUAGUGUUAAAUCAUAGUACAGAAAGUAUUGUCAAUUAUUCCGACGCACUCGAGUCAGAAAUUAAAGACGAAAAAAACAAUCAAAUCAUCCAACAAUUAUUGGAUACUUGUACAAAAUUUAAAGAAAAUUCUGCCAUCUAUAUUUGUUCAAAUAUUCAACCAAUUGAUAUUAUAACCUUUGUUCAAGAUGAAAUUCUCAACAAGAGUGAUGAUUACUUGAUUUAUUGUCAUACCUUAGGAGCAAAUUCCGAUUCCAUGAGCUCCAACCAAAUGGCAAUUUAUCCAACAUUUAACAAAUCUGAAAAUAGUGAAAGAAUUCAUCAUUUACGAUUUAGAUUUGACAAGGAUACUUUAUUAGAAAUGGGAUUACAGAGAACUGAGAAAAAUAAGACAAACUCUAAAAAAACAAGCGCCAACUCUGCUCAAUUCGAAAGUGAUACCUACUCUACAGUUUCUUAUGAUCUGCCAUUCAAAAACAAUUCUAAACAAUACGAAAGAUUGAAAUGGGCCUUAAAUAGGGAAGAGCUUAAUCCUAUUCAUUGCUACUUUGGUAUUUAUAGUAUUCAAAAUAAUUGUUGGAUUAGUCUUGAUAAUUUCGAAGAGUACAUGAACUCUAACGAGUCAAAAAUCAAAAAGAUUUCUGGAAAAGAAUUUUUUAAUGUUAGAGUUUUAAAAGAGGAAAAUCUAUUGCUUCCACAAGUAGGCAUAUCCCUUACAGAAGUUCUCAGUAACAAGUCAACCAGUAGCUCCUCUAGUUCAAGUACCACAGAACCUUCUCAAUCAUAUAAUGCCAUGAAUGAGAAUUCUGAUGAAGAAGAAGAUGUUGAUGAAGAGGAGGAUUACAUCAACACUGACUUUUUUACAAAGGUUCAAACUGUUGAAGAAGAAAAAGAAUUGGUAAAACAACAAACAGCCAAAGCUCUCCUUAACUGUGUUGGUUUAUUGAGUGGUGGAAUGGCAAAUGAUUUUAUUGGAUCUUAUAAUAAGGAUCAACAACCAAUUAAUGACUCAGCAGAGGAAAUAAUUAGCCAAAAAAAUUCAUUGCUCUUCUCAAAUUCUCUUACAGAGGAAGUGUCUUUUUCAAGAGUCGAUCAAACCUUUAUUAUCAAAUUGGAAGGUAUUCUUCCUCCUUUAUUCAUUGACAAUAUUUUUGAGAAAAUUUGGAAAAAUAUGACUGUAAAUGAUAAAUGUUACAACCUGAUGUUGGUAACUGGUAUGGAAGAUUCAGUGGUGAGUUGGAAAGAUUUUAAUCAUACCUAUUCGAUUAGUGGUGAAAAUGAUUAUUUAUACGUUAUCUUCCCUCCAAGAAAAUGUACAAACGAACAACUGGUUACCCCAAAUUGGCUACUCCAAAUUUUGAACCAACAAGACGAGCUCUCGUAA